CCUAAGUUGCUUCCCUUCUCCAUCCAGUGUGGCCAGUGCAGACCUCCGAAGUGUCAACCUGGUGACACUAGAUCCGUCACCUUAGGCCUCACCUCUCUUUCCCCUGCUCCAGACCCUCAGGUCCUGGCCUGCCCCGAGCUCGGCAGACCUGCGGGGCCCCCAGCGAGGAGAUGCUGGCAGAGCUGGAGUUCUGUCUUCUGGUGGCAGUGACACUGCUGAGCCCAGCCCCCAGGGCCCAAGCCAUGGAAGGUGUCAAAUGUGGGGGUGUGCUCUCAGCACCUUCUGGAAACUUCUCCAGCCCCAACUUCCCCAGGCUCUACCCCUACAACACGGAGUGCAUCUGGCUGAUUGUGGUAGCUGAGGGCUCCUCCGUGCUGCUCACCUUCCACACCUUCGACCUGGAGUACCAUGACACCUGUAGCUUCGACUUCCUGGAGAUCUACAACGGGGCCUCCGGGGACCAGGGCAACCUGCUGGGGAGAUUCUGCGGCCAGGUGCCCCCACCGCCCUUCGCCUCCUCCUGGAACGUCAUGUCUGUGGUCUUCCACUCAGACAAGCACGUGGCCAGCCGAGGCUUUUCCGCAGGCUACCAGAAAGAUGUGUGUGGUGGCGUCCUGACGGGCCUGUCGGGGGUCCUCACCAGCCCCGAGCACCCCAACAACUACCCCAACAAUGUGGAGUGCCGCUGGGUGAUCCGAGCCUCUGGCCCCGCCACCGUCAAGCUGGUCUUCGUGGACUUCCAGGUGGAGGGCAGUGAGCAGUGCACCUACGACUACGUGGCUGUGCUUGGAGGGCCCGGCCCCGCCCAUGGGCACCACUACUGCGGCAGCUCCAGGCCCCCCACGCUCGUGUCGCUGGGCCACGAGCUGCAGGUGGUCUUCAAGUCUGACUUUAACAUCGGGGGCCGGGGCUUCAAGGCCUACUACUUCUCAGGAGAAUGCCAGGAGGUAUACACGGCGGUGCGGGGCAACUUCUCCAGCCCACAGUACCCCAGCUCCUACCCCAACCACAUCCGGUGCCACUGGACCAUCCGCCUGCCUCUUGGCUACCGGGUCAAAGUGUUCUUCCUGGACCUGGAACUGGAGGGGCCCAACAGCCUGACCAAGACCUGUGACUUUGACCAUCUGGCAGCCUUCGACGGGGCCAGCGAGGAGGCGCCCCUGCUGGGCAGUUGGUGUGGCCACCACCUGCCACCACCAGUCACCUCGAGCCACAACCAGCUCCUGCUUCUGCUGCACACAGACCGUAGCACCACCCGCAGGGGCUUCUCUGUGGCCUACAUUGGAGUGGUCCCCAUGAACGUGAGUUGCUCCCGCACGGACUUCCAGAUCCUGAUCUCCGCGCAGGCAGUGGCCCCUCUAGAAAGGACCAAAGUCUACCUGGGCAGCCGGAGCUGUGCUGCUCAGGAAGUCGGCAGCAACUUCCGGAUCCAGGCCCGCUUUGACACCUGUGGCACUGAGUCUCAGAGAAGAAAUAACACUUCAGUGAUCGUCAGCGUGCUGUACAUCGACUUCUCAGCCGGUGGGCAGGAGGAUAUCCACGAAUACGAGGUCCGCUGUGAGCCGAGGCGAAAGGAGGCCUCUGUCCACCUGCUCUCCGGCUCCCACUGGCUUGGGCCCUAUGCUGCCACGGCAGAGCACCUUCAGGAGGCACCACCCAGGGACGAGGCAGAGGCACUGGAGGGCCCCGUGGCCAUGGUGGCCCAGGACACCAGUGACAUCAUCUUCCUGGGCCUUUGCAUCCUGGCUGGAGUCCUCAUGGUCAUUGCCAUAGUGGUCCUGAUGCUGCUGUAAGCAGGGAGGGUAGGGAAGUGGCAUCUGGCAUUCCUGGGAGGCAGCUUGGGCACCCCACAACAGGGGCAGGACCAGGCGUUGCUGACUUUAUGAUGACCAUGGGCAAGUCACUAUCCCCCUCUGAGCCUCAGUUUCCUGGGGACCUUUACUCUGCCCUGCUUAUCUCACAGGGCUGGCGUGAGGCUCAGAGAAGAGGAUGGAUAAGAGCUGCGUAAACUAUAGCAUGCCAUGCAUGUGUGUGCAAUUGUUG